AGGCUGGCUGACUGUUAUAUAGAGACGAAAGAAGAAGAAACAGAAGCAGCAGCAACAACAACAAGAAAACAACGCGCGCGUUUAUUUUAGAGAAGAAAAGCAAACGUAAUAAAAAAUAAAAUAUAAAAAAAAUAUUUGUAUAAAUUUUUUUUAAGAGUUUAGUUUAAAAUUAAAUGUUGAGGAGUAAAGACGUUUGAUUUUUAUUUUUAUAAAAAUUAAAAAUAAUAAAAAAAUAAAAUAAAUUAAAAAUACAUAAUUUCCUGUGUGACUGUGUGUGUUGAGCAGAGCAAUAUUUAAUUGUUAUUAAAAGGAGAAAAAAAAAGUUUUAAUUAAAAUUUUAUACAGAAAAGCAAACAUUAUAGUUUAUACAUAUGUAAAUAAGGAAACAAUUAUUAACCCUAUUUAUAGCUUUCAACCUGGCCUAUAUAAGCGAUUUUCAACCCAAACGUGGCCGUCCGCGCAAUUUACCUCAAAUGGGUGAAUUCGAUUUGAGUUUAAUUAGCGAAUUUCGCAGUCGCCCUUCGUUUUACGAUCGCAGUUCUCCACGUUUUAAGGAUAAACUUUAUAAUGCUCAUGAGUGGCAGGAAAUAUCAAAUAAAUUGGGUUUCGAUGUUUCCAUAUUAAAAGAUCGCAUUUUACAACUACGCAAUCGUUACAAUUUGGAAAAGCGGCGUAUCGAACAAUUACGCGAGGAAAACCCAUAUAAAUCUUAUGAUUCACCCUGGCCUCUAUACGAGCAUUUACAUUUUCUCUCGGAACAUAUAAGGGCCAGAAGAUCGUAUAAGAAAAUGAUGCCAUUAAAUGGUAGCAUGGGUGGAGGUGGUAGUCAGUUUGCCGCUGAACCAGAAUUAAGUAAUUCAUGCAGUAAUAAUUCCAAUUUAACUUUGCGUCAUAUUACGGACCAGGCAGCGACCGGAGGACAAAAUAUAUCGGCAUUCCCAAAUGGUCUGCUGGCUGUUAAAAUGGAGGAUGGUUCAGAGGAUACGGGAGAUGAAACAGAGAGUCAACAUAAUGAUUCCGAGAUAAAUGCAUUUGAAACAGCAGAACUAAUUACGGAAACACAUUCCUCUACUAUGCCAAUCUACCAUCAGCAACAACAACAACAGCCGCAGCACUCACAACUCAAACCACUACCGCAGCAGCAACAACAACACCGUCCCACCAUUAGCAUACGUCGUUUGGAUACAUUACGUUCAGAUUAUGCCGAUUCCACAUCAACCAACUACCAUAAAAAACAACAACUGCUGCAACAGCAACAGCAGCAGCAACAACAACACCAACACCAACACCAGGCACAGCUACAACGUAACCAUCGAACAUCCAACCAUCAAUCUUCACUGCAAACUGAUAAUGAUUCAGCCGUUUCAGUAGCUCCACCACCUCCAAAGCAAGCUCGCUUAAAUGCCCGAGAAUACAAGUACACAGCAUUUGGUAAUUUUAUAUCCUCCUCACUAUUAGAUUUACCACCCAGCACCGCUUUAGAAUUGGUGGAGAGAUUCACCUCCGAUAUUGUCAGAGUGUUAAUGGAGAAUGCCGAACAGGAAAAACACUGCAAUGAUUUUGAAAAUUUACAGUAAUCAGUAGAAGAGAAAGUAUAACUUCAAAUCAAAUCAUUAUUAUUAUAUUAUUUUAUUGACCUUUUAAUGUAUAUUACAUUCUAUUCUAUGUAUUUUUAAUUAUUAACUGUAUUUAUUAAACAAAACAAUUAGCAUUACAUUUAUACAGCCCAGUUAUGAAAAAAAUUCCCGGGUGUUUUCUUCCUUUUCUUUUUUAACAGAGAAUUUGAAUAGGAAUAAUGAGAAAAGGGAAAAACUCCCGGGGAAUUUAUUUUCAUAAUUGGACUGAUAUAUUUAUAUAUAAAAUUAUUUUAUAUAUAAAUCAUAAACAUUUUACUUGUAGUUUAUAUUUGUGUCCCAAAAAAUGAAUGAAAACGUAAUUUAAUGUGAAUUUUUUAAUUUUCUUUUUUUUUCGCUUUAUUUUCCAAAUAAUUUUCUUAUUAAAGGGCUUUCAAAGCUUGUUUGUAAUUAAUUUUUUUGUAAAAAUAAAAAGAGAAAUAUUAAAAUAAAUAAACAAGAUUUUUAACAAGAUAUAAAAA